AUGCCAAAUACAGCCACUGGCGUAAUUCGGAUUGGUAAUUAUUUGAUGUAUUAUCCAGAGGAGGAUGACGACCAACUGUACCUAACCACUGGUCGAGUAGUUGAGUGGGCUUCCAAUGACAGCGAGGCUGGUACCUCGUCUGGUUCCGGUAGUGCGAAAAAAACCCUACAGAGUCGAUUUGGACAACUUUCUAGCGCAAUUGGAAGAAAUAUUUAUAAUAUUAUGCAAAACAGAAAGCCCUCAAAAGAAUCGCACACGACCAGCAGUUCAGGCACCGGCAGUAAUUAUCAAUCGCCAUAUGGGUCUGCAAGUGCUGCUUAUCAAAAUUUCCUUAUCAUCGAAGAUGAACCUGGACAAUCCAAUAGACCUCAACCGUACAAUAAUCAGUGUACCGGUGUGCUACGACUCUCAGAUAAUCUUCCAAAUCCGAACGAUCGUAUAUCGUCCGUACAAGUAAAUCCAGCAGUCAACAACGACUCCCUAUCCUUUUCAAUCCAAGAAAAUGAAAACUCGUUAUUGCGAAAAUUACGCACUAUAAAGGAGACAUUCAAACGAACAGGCAACAGUAAUUCUCCAUCUCUUUCCGGCACCUUGCUCCCAUCAAAUCCUUCAGUAACUGUAGCUCUAGAAUCAGCCAGCAAUGAGCAUUUCCAAGAAACACAGAAAAGUAUUCCGGAACUGCGUGAAGAAGUUACAAGGACAAUUCGACGCUACGUUUACGUUGGACAGGGUCUACUAAUAGCAAUAAUUGCACUCAUAUGGGUUGCCUCUUAUUUUGUGGUUUUGAAAAGCCCUUACGUUACUGCACCAAAUCAAACACAUCCUGAUCAAAUCGCCAAAGUCCCAAUUAAUCAGUCGGUGAUGGGCGCUAUGGUAGACCCGCCGAAGGUAAGUGGAUCGGUUAAAAGUGAGAUUGGAUGGAUACCAAAAAGCAAAACAACGAAAACUGAAAGAAAAAGCCGAAUUAAUGACAGCAAAGCUAACGCUUUGCCGAAUAAUUCAGCAAAUCGAGUUAAUAACGGCAAUUUUAACAUUGAUGAAGGAAAUAAUGAUGUGUAA